AUGUUGCAGCAUUGGGCUGGCAAGCACAGUAGCUUUGAGAGCACUACGGUACCAAGAAAUAUCUCCACAGUAUUGAAGAGCAAAAUUCAAGUUGUUAAUAGUGCAUUGCUAACCGCCCUCAUUGCUCAGCAAAAGCAGGAACUUGAUCGGCUUUGGUUUGUGGUGGUGGUUUUCCAUAAGUUCUUCUUUCGCCAAAUUCUAAUGAUACAACUGAAAAGGUGCCAAUUCCCAUCUUUUUACCAGUUUCACCUUUCCCACCCUUCAAGAAUUCCAAGCCCAGUUCGUUCUGCGACGAACGCCUGCGCUAUUCCAGCCGCAGACGCUUUCCCAUCUUCUCUCCACCGAACUGAUUCCGACCUCGCAGCUUACCGAUUGUCUCUUCUUGCCGUUCUCGCCCGCCGCGGUUUGCUCUCUGCCGCUCGUAAUGUCACCAAACGCAUCAUCAAUGCCUCUCCCUCGCCGGAAGCCGUCGCUGCCUUGAACUAUGCUGUCUCCCUCGGUGUUCCCAUCGACUUUGGUCAGCUCCUCCGCUCUCUCAUAGUCGCCGGCCAGCUUCUCAAGGCCGAUGACCUCUUCACCAAUAGCAUCAAAGACAAAGUUCCCAUUGAUCCCACUGUACUGAAUUCUAUGAUUGAGUGCUACUGCAAGCUUGGGAAGCUGGUCGUGGCCGAAACUUAUUUGGACGAACUCGUCAAAAUCGGAUCUUUGCCGACCGCGAGGGCUUGCGUUGCUGUGCUCCGUGCGCGCUGUGGAGAGGAGAAGUAUGUGGAGGCUUUCAAUCUCUUUUGCGCGAUAGCUGCUCAUGAGGGACUUCUUCCACCUUUAUCAAUCUACAAUCUCAUGAUCUCUGGUUUGUGUUCCAUUGGAUGCGUGGAUCAUGCGCGCUUCAUGUUUGAUUUUAUGUUUAACCUAGGUUUACAACUCACUCCGCGGUCAUAUAAGUGCUUAGUGUAUGGACUUUCCAAGGCAAAUCGAGUUUUAGAAGCUGAGGAUGUAUGCAACAAAAUGGAAUCUCGAGGGUUUUGGCUGGACCGCACGUUGUUUACUUCACUCAUAAACGGGUACCAGAAGGAAGGUAGGAUGGAAUUGGCUUUGAAGGUUUUCAAUAGAAUGAAAGAGAUAAGCUACUGCCAGCCUGAUACCUAUGCGUAUAAUACCAUUAUCCAUGGGUUUUUGAAGCUUGGUUAUGUUGAUUCAGCAUGGAAACUCUUCAACCAGAUGGUGGAGAGAGGCUUGGAACGGAAUGUUGUCACCUAUUGCUUGAUGAUAAACUGGUACAGCAAGAACAGACGUGUAGACCGAGCAAUGGAGCUUUUGAUGGAGAUGCCUGAGUCUGGCAUACCCCCCAAUUUACAGUGUUACACAGCUCUGAUAACUUCACUUUGCAUGGAAAGGAGAUUGGUUGAGGUAGACCAGUUGUUUGAUAAGAUGUUGAACAGUGGUAUUGUUCCAGAUCAUGUGAUGUUUGCCCUGCUUAUCAAUAAUCUACCACGAGGUCAUAGGGCCAUGGUGGUUCAGAAAACUUUGCAUGCUAUUGCUAAUAUUGACUGCAAGAUUGACUUGUUGAGGGUCUCUAAUCUUUCUUCCUGCAAUGAAGGCUUGCAAAGACAAAUUGAAGUGUUGCUUGAUGAGAUAAUGAAAAGUGAUGCAUUUCCUAUUGAUCUGAUUUUUAAUGUUUUGGUUAGUGUAUUUUGUACAGAGGGAAAGAUUGAUGUAGCUUGUACUUUUAUGGAAAAAAUGGUAAGUUGGGGUUAUGAGCCCUCAAUCUCUACUUACAAUUUCUUAAUAAGGUGCAUAUACAAAGAGGGUCGUUUGGAUGAUGUUGGCUCACUUGUCAGCCUCAUUAUGCACCAUAGCGAUUUGCCUUCUAGUCUGGCUACUUACUCCGUUAAAAUUAACGCACUUUGCAAGAUUGGGCAUGUAGACUUGGCUCUUGAACAACUUGAUGAAAUGAUACACAAGGGCUUUGAUCCUACCGUUUCUAUUUAUGAUUCAAUAAUUGGGUCCUUGUGCAGAGAAGGAAGAAUAAGGAAGGCUGACAUGACUUUCAAUGGCAUGCUUAAAGCCGGGGUUAAUCCUGAUGAGGUAGUGUAUGCCACACUUAUUAACGGUUAUUGUGUAAUGGGAAGAGCAGUUCGGGCUUGUCGUCUUUUCGAUCAGAUGACACAGCGAGGGUUGUUGCCUAGUUCACGUGCUUAUAGUGCACUUAUAAAUGGGCUGAUUAAGAAAAACAUGUUUAGGAAUGCUUGCCAUUUUCUUGAUAGGAUGUUAGAGGAUGGUUUUGUUCCGGACACCGUUCUGUACACCAUGCUUGUUAAUCAGUUCUUGAGGAAAGGGGAAGUUGGAUUAGCCUUGGAAAUAUUCGACCUCAUGAUAAGGAAUCAGAUUGAGCCUGAUCUUGUUGCAUAUGGAUCUCUGAUAACUGGACUUUGUGGUCACAAAAGGGGUGUCAGAAGUCUCUCACUAAUCAAAAAAUUCAAGAAAACAAGAUACAUUGUUUUUAGAUUGGAAUCUAGAGGAAAAGUUACAUCCCGAAUUCUUCACAGUAAAAGGCUAUCUUCCAUGUCAAUAAUGGAAAAGGUCAAUUUUGCAUUAGGAAAAGUGCAGGAUCUUAUAAAUAGUGGGUUGUUACCGGACCUGCACAUCUAUAAUGGUAUAAUUCAUGGACUUUGUAGAGUUAAUAGGAUAGAAGAUGCUUAUAAGCAUAUUGCUUACAUGCAUGAUAAUGGCAUUGCUCCGAAUCAGGUGACUUACACCAUUCUUAUGAAGGCUUUUAUUAGAUCUGGUGAUAUUAAUUGCGCGAUCUGCUUAUUUAAUCAGAUGAAUUCCAAUGGAUGUAUUCCUGAUAAAAUUUCAUACAAUACAUUGAUAGUGGGCUUUUGUAUGGCUGGUAGGGUGAUUGAGGGAUUAUCACUUGCUCAUGGGAUGCAGAAGAGAGGUCUCCUUCCAAACAAGAUUUUAUAUGACCAAUUGCUUCAAUGCCUUGUUUCUUGUUGUCCUAGCAAUCUAGCUAUCCUGCUUUUAGAAGAGAUGAUCUCAAAUAAUCAUGCGCCACAUUCGAGUAAUUAUAAUAGAAUACUUUGGGAACUUUCUAUGAGGUCCAAUUUAUUGGAAAUUCGCAGAGUUUAUAAUCUGAUUCUUAAAAUGGGAAAAAAACCAGAUGAGAACACAAAGAGGCAUCUUUUGAAAACAUGCUACAGUCAAGGAGAAUUUGACAUGGCUUUGAACAUAGAGGAGAACAUGCUCAUUGGUAAUGGCUAACUGUUGAUUUUCUGGUACAUGAUACAAGGUUUCUCAGGUCAUCAUACACAAACUUCCAGCGUCACUAUAUCAAACAUUUGCUCUCUAUUCUUUUGAAGCCUUCAUCGUGCCUAUAACCAAGAAAAUUGGAAUAGGGCAAAUGAUUAAUUGUUUGUGCCCCUCCCUCUCUGCAUACGAAGACAUACCGGCCAAAUUUUUUCCAUAAAUAAACACCAAUAAGAAAGGCCACAAAGAGAAGAAAAAAAAAAUUCAAUUGUCUUGGUGUUUUGUUGAGAGAUGUUCUAUAUUUAGCUAUGAGGCCAACAAGGCUGGUCUGGUCUGUGUGAUUCUUUGCUGAGUAAGGUUAUAUUUCUUGUGACACAAGAACAAAGAUGAAUGAUUGCCAUGAAGCCAAUCUGCCACAAAUAGCUUGAUAAGGUCAUUGGUCAUCAUGUCCAAUAGGCUAAAGGCUAACCAUGUGAGAGCCAUCCAUAAGUUGCAGGAAAUGAGGUGGUACUACUGUUGUUAUUUGGCACAAGCAAUUCGCUGCACCGAUCAGUAUUGUGCAUAUUGAAAACUGGCAUCCAAAAAGGCAUGGGUUGGCUUUCACGUUAAUGGAAACUGAUUGGAAAUAGGAAUUUCUGAAGGGAUGCUGCUUUUGGAUUAUUAGAGAGAGAGUAGUUAUAGAUUGAGGGCUCACAUUCCUAUCCUUAUCUGAGUUUGGAUUGCAUACAAGCCGUUGUUGUCAUGGCAUAUAAAAUUCGCAGACUUCCCUGUUCACAAUUCAGCUUUAGGUGAUUCCGGGAGUGUAAAGAAAUCCGUGGAAUGGUCAAGGAAUUCGCAGUUUUCCUGUAGCAAUAGGCGGAGAGAAUUCCUGUAGCAAGGAUCGCAAGUCUCCUGUUGCAAGCAGCGGCUUUGGUUCCGUAGACUUCUAGAUUUAUGAACAUUGCAUUGUAAAGGAAAUUCUAUUGUAACAUUGAAGGAAGGAAAACAAAUGCAUGUAAGUGAAAUGAUCAGAUUUUUAAUGAACUUAUUAGAGAUCAGUAACCAAGAUUUUUAUGUGAUUAAUUUAGAAUUUUAUGAUGAAAUUGUAGAUUGAAGUAAUUUGAAGGAACAAUGGUUUUGGUGUGGUAUUUUGGAAAGUAAGAGUUGAAGUACAAUAAGUGGUAGAAGAGAAUGAUUCUUUGGACUAUGCAAAGUAGAAGUUACGAGGUUACUUGCAAUCGAAGAAGAGUAUGAGGUGGAGUUAAAAAGACGAAUCAGCAAUGAGGUAAGAAAUGCAAAAUUAAUGUUUAAAAAAAACUUGUGUUAUGAAUCAUUUAAAUUGCUUUUGAAAGUUUUUUCUCCAAUAUUUUGAAUAUGACCUACUGCUUAUACCUUUGCUAUUACAUAAGUUCAAGAUAAUGUUUUGUAAGGUUAUUUAAAAGCUUUUCAAUUUAAGAAGGUUUUGGAAAGAUAUAAAUAU